GGAGUGAUGCCAUGGACCUCACACGUCUGACAGGCCUCUGACUCCAGACUGACAGGUGUCUGUCUGUCCCUGUCCCUGUGAGGGUGGGAAGGGGUUAACGGUGCCAGGGUUUGCCCCACUCCCCUCCCAAGGCCCGUUCUGCCCCGAGCCUGCCCUGGACGCACCUGCCAAGGGUUAACCCGGCCCGGGCUGUUCAAACACCUCGGCUGAGGUAAGCGCUGCUUGUUUGUUCAGGUAAAUAAGGAAGGAAUCGGAUAUAAUGGGCAAAGGAGGCUCCGGCUGAGCCCUGACACUCACUGCCCGAGUCCCCCGCGCUGCCUUCGUCCCUCUGCUGCGCCCGGAGCCACUCGGGGUGCCCCGUUCCCCUCGCUGUCCCCUCCCCGCCGCUGCCCACCGGCCCGAUGGGGCUGAGCCGGCGCUGAGCCGGGGCUGGGACAGCUCACCUGGGGCCGGGACAGCUCACCUGGGGCUGGGACAGCUCACCUGGGGCCAUGUCCCCCGCAGACACCGCUCCCAGUGCCACGGGGAUGGCUCUUCCCAGCCUGCGCUGGCACCCAUGUGGAUUCUGAGCUGGCACAGCCUCGAGGUUUGGAGCGGGCUCUGAGCAGAGGGAUGGGCAGUGCCAGCCCCGGGCUCACCGCGCUGCCCCCCGGCCGCCUCGCCUGGCCGGACCCCGCGCUGCUGCCGCCCCCGCGGGACCCCGACCCCCGGAGCUGGGGCUGCCCGGAGAGCCCCAGCCCGCCCGGCACCCCCGAGCAGCCCCUGCCAGCCUUCUGCCUGCACUACUUCGACAUGCUCUACCCCGAGGACACGGCCUGGGCCGCCAAGGGCAGCGGGGAGGCGGCGCAGGGCAGCGGGCAGGGCGGCCGGGAGGCGCGGAAGGAGCCGGAGCAGUGUCCCAUCAUCGACAGCCAGGGCCUGGGGCUGGGGCCCGAGGGCGACCUGCAGGACAGCCUGCACCUGGAGGAGCACUCGCUGGAGCAGGUGCAGAGCAUGGUGGUGGGCGAGGUGCUGAAGGACAUCGAGACCGCCUGCAAGCUGCUCAACAUCGCCGCCGACCCCAUGGACUGGAGCCCCGGGAACGUGCAGAAGUGGAUCCUGUGGACGGAGCACCAGUACCGGCUGCCGCAGAUCGGGAAAUCCUUCCAGGAGCUGUCGGGGAAGGACCUGUGUGCCAUGUCCGAGGAGCAGUUCUGCCAGCGCUCGCCCGCCUGCGGCGACAUCCUGCACGCCCACCUGGACAUCUGGAAGUCUGCCGCCUGGAUGAAGGAGAAGGCUGCCCCGGGAGAUGUCAGAUACUGCGGAGGUGACAGCAGCUGGGCCGACAGCGAGGUGGACUCGUCCUGCGCCGGCCAGCCCAUCCACCUCUGGCAGUUCCUCAAGGAGCUGCUGCUGAAGCCGCACAACUACGGCCGCUUCAUCCGCUGGCUCAACAAGGACAAAGGCAUCUUCAAGAUCGAGGACUCGGCGCAGGUGGCGCGGCUGUGGGGCAUCCGCAAGAACCGCCCGGCCAUGAACUACGACAAGCUGAGCCGCUCCAUCCGCCAGUACUACAAGAAAGGAAUCAUCCGCAAGCCCGACAUCUCCCAGCGCCUCGUCUACCAGUUCGUCCACCCGGUGUGAGCGGCGGCGGCAGCGGCGGAGCGCCGGGAGGGACGGGGGAGCUCGGCUGCCUCCUCUGCCCGGCCGCAGAGAGCCUCUGCCAGCAGCAAGGACCUGGGCUGAGGGCGAGCUUCCCCUGCCAGGACCUGCUGGCACCGGACACAGGGACCCCUCCCCUCCAGCAGGCCCUGCUGCGGGGCAAGGACCGUGCAGAGGGAAGGGUGGGCACCGUGCCUGGGCUUGUGCCCCCUCCUCUCCUCCCUCCCGAGUUCUGGCUGUAGGUGGCUUCACCCAGCCUUUGUUCAGGGAGGAAAAAGCCUGGGCAUGAGCUGAGACGAUGGGACAUCCACAGGGACAACCAGAGGGACAGGGACACCCAGAGGGACAGGGACAUCCACUGCUGCUCGUGGUGGGGCUCUGUCCCAAUCCCUGUGGGAGCAGCCUGGCACCAGCCAAGGGCACUGCCUGCCAUGGGGGCUGUGCCAGGUGCCCCCUUGGGCCAGGUGCAUCCUCCCUUUGUUUUUCACUCCAGGACACGCUCAGCUGCUCCCCUUCACAGGGAUUUGGGGCUGCAAAUGGCAGCUCUGUAUCCAUGGCCCCAUCUUUGUGCACGGGGCCACCAGAGUGCUCCUAACCCAGGUUCUGUGCCCUGGCACAAAGCUCUUCCCUUGAUGCGGAUUUUACUUGGACUGCCUGAUUCUGGAGUUUGGGGAAAUGGAGAUGGCAGCUCUGCCAUUUCCUUCUGGACAAUAAAUCCAGAGUGUGAUCAGCCAAGGCUGGACUGGGGCAGGGAGCUGGGCAUUGCUUCACCUGCUCACUGCACCUGAGUUACCUGGCAAUGUUGGUCUUUUAUAUUAUAGGGAUUUUUUAUUUGGUUAUUUGCUUUUUGGUUUUGGCUGGUGAUGAGUUGUGGUUUAGGUUCAAAUGCCAAGGGGUGGCCUGGGCUUCCAGGGACGUUCUAUGGGAGCUUAAAAGGAAAAAACACCUGGUUCUUGGACUCUUGAUGUUUUUCCUUAAAAUUUCCACCAGUGCCAACUACUGCCUUUCCUUUCUGUUCUUGCUCCGUGCUGCUCCCAUCCUGGCAGGAGGAUGGAGGGCAGUGAGGAGCAGGGGAGGGAGGAAAACUGCCUUGGCCUUUGGAAAAGGGACUGGAAAUGCAAAAAAAAAAAAUGGUGGGAAAGAAAAAAAAAAAGCAAAGUGUGUCUUUGAUUUGCUGUGUGUGCCUGACUCAGCCGGUGCGGGGGCCGGGGGUGCCCCAGAUCCUGUGUCCCCCUCACAGCUCCCCUGGCAGGGUGGGGAGGGCAGGAGGUGACAUCAACCUGCCUUGACAGGCUCAGGAGGGCGCGGGGUCAGGGCUGGUGCUUGGAACAGCCCCAAACCUGCAUCCCCUCGAGCCCUGCCGUGGGUGUCCCAAGGCUUUGUCCAGCAGUGCCACAGGAGUCCCCAAGGGCAGUGGCUGCUCCCCUUGUCCCCCCAGCAGUGCAUCCCAG